AUGACACACGUCCCCACUUUAUUGCUGAUUCGUAGAUGCCGCUCUCAUAACCCCACCCACCGGCCCACCUUUGAGCAAAUCAGAAAGUUUGUUCAUAGAAUCAACCCUCACAAAGUCAGUCCUGUGGACAUGAUGAUGAACCUGAUGGAGAAGUACAGUAAACACCUGGAGGUUCUGGUGGCUGAGAGGACGCAGGACUUGAUGCACGAGAAGCAGAAAACAGACCGGCUGCUCUACAGUAUGCUGCCUAAGCAGGUUGCUGAUGACCUCAGACAGGGAAAACCUUCCCAGGCUCAAAGCUACGUCAGCGCAACUGUGUUCUUCAGUGAUAUUGUGGGCUUCACACAGCUGUCCAGCACCAGCACACCGUACCAGGUGGUGGACUUCCUCAACAAACUCUACACCACCUUCGACGAGAUCAUCGACAACUACGACGUCUACAAAGUGGAGACCAUUGGAGAUGCAUAUAUGGUGGUCUCUGGUGUGCCGCGUGAGAACGGGAUUUUGCAUGCAUCAGAGAUCGCCAGCAUGGCUCUGGAUCUGGUGUCUGUCUGCAAGACCUUCAGAAUCCCUCACAAACCCCAAACACAGCUACAGAUCCGUGCAGGGAUACACUCAGGGCCUGUGGUGGCUGGAGUGGUCGGCACCAAGAUGCCACGUUACUGUCUGUUUGGAGACACCGUCAAUACUGCCUCCCGCAUGGAGUCUACCAGCGAAGCUCUGAAGAUCCAGUGCAGCUCCAGUGCCUUUUAUCUGCUGGAAGAGAUUGGGGGCUACAUGCUCACAUGCAGGGGGGUGCUGCAGGUCAAGGGUAAAGGGGACAUGGUGACGUACUGGUUGGAAGGGAAGCAGCCGGCGAUGGUCAGUAAGGAGAAGAGAGCAGAGCCAGUGCUGGACACAACAGACAAAGAGAAUUUCUCCAACAUCCCUGGAGUUAUCACCUGCAAUAACAACAACGACCUGCUGUUUGACCCCAACUAA